AUGCAUGUAUUAGGAGGAGUGAAUUCCAAUGAGUGUGAAAAUGUGUCAAGAAAAACCGUGUCAGAAGAAUUUGAAGCCAAUAGUAUGGAUUCUCUGCCCCUUGCAACUAUAUAUAUAAAAGAUGGUUAUGGAAUCACUGAUGUGCCUCAAAUAAAUGUGAACACAACUGAAGAAAAUGAAUACAUCACGAAAGAUCAAAAAAAGAAGAGGAAAAGAAAGUAUAAAGAUUAUCAACCCAACUAUUUUCUAUCCAUUCCGAUCACUAACAAAGAGAUUACAAAAGGAGUUAAGAUCCUGCAAAAUGCAAUAAUACAGCAAGAUAAGCGUCUGGCCUCAGCAAUGACUGGUGAUGGUUCUUUUCAUAUUACCCUGCUAAUAAUGCAGUUAUUAAACGAAGAUGAUGUAAGCAUGGGUAUUGAUGCGCUUUUGGAAUUAAAACCAUUCAUAGAAGAAAUUCUCCAAGGAAAACCUUUGACUUUGCCUUUUCAAGGUGUGGACACAUUUGGAAAUCAGGUUGGAUUUGUAAAGCUGGCAGAAGGAGAGCACAGAAACCGACUUCUGGAGAUAGCAGUAUUCAGUUUUCAAGAAAAGAACUCAAGGGCAUUUGCUGAAGGAGUGAAACAAAUAGACCCCAAAUUAUAUGAAAAAUUUAUCAGUUACAGUUUUGGAGAAGAAUUGUUAUAUCGUAUAGACCUUUGUUCCAUGGUGAAGAAAAAACAAAGCAAUGGUUAUUACCACUGUGAAUCUUCAAUUGAGAUUGGCCAGAAACCUACUGGAAUACAGGACUUAAUUAAUGAAGCUUUGCAUCUAGAAAGGAUGAAUCGAAAUUCCAAAGUGAAACAGCUAAAAGAACUUUUAUUAAAGCCUGAGACUCAGGCCAAAAUUCGGAGGGAACUUUUUGAAGGAAGACUCAUCAACUACAGGGAUCAAGUAAAUAUUAUUGAUUUUAGUGCGACUUUGACAUAA